UUAGAGAAAUGCGUCUGUUUGUGGCUUUGGUUUGUGUCAGUUUGGUGGCCGUUUCCUCGGGCCAGCUAUCCCUUCGGGGAAGAUUGGGUCGCUCCGCCAAUCUGGCGGUGGAGCAGCCCGCUUUGCUGGCCAAGACAGCCGGAAUUGUGCCCUCCGUGCUGGUGAAGAAUGCCGGAAUUGUUCCUUCAGUGCUGGUUAAGAAUACCGCCGCAAUUGUUCCGGCUGUUGAUGUGGCUGCCGAUGUUGCAGCCCCGAGCAUCCUGCCCCAGGUUGCCAGUGCCAACAUCUUGCCCUACUAUCCUGGCUACUGGCCCGAUUACGGAUCUUCCAAUGCAGGCUGGUAUCCCGGUGCCUGGAACGCUCCAAGCUAUCCCAGCUGGAACAACAACUACAACGGCUAUAACAACUAUAACGGCUACAAUGGCUACAGUGGCUACAAUGGCUACUACGACUACGGAACUCCCUACCUGGCCAGGCCUCGUUUUGUCAAGCCCGUGGUGACCUCCGCCGUGGCCCCCGCCGUGCUCCCCGCAGUGCUUCCCGCCGUGCUUCCCGCCGUGACCUCUUCCUUGAUCCCCUCGGCUUCGUCCUCCUCCUCCUCCACCACCACCACCACAGCCAUCACUGAGUCUGGUAAUAGCUCCAGUGACGACUCCUCCACUGAAGCUGCCGCCGCUGUUUCCGAGCAGGCUGAGCCUGAGCAGGCUGAGCCAGAGCAGGCUGUUCCCGAGCAGGCUGUUCCGGAGCAGGCUGUUCCCGAGCAGGCUGAGCCCGUGUACUCCACCCAGGUGAUCUAAGGAGCCAGUGGGAUGGGAUAGUAAUAAA